UUGUGCGCUCGCAUUUUUGUUUUCUGUCGCCGAUGUCACGCCGACGCAGCAACGCCAGCCAUAAGUCACUAAGUGCAUCUCAAUUUUUUUUAUUUCUAUAAAAGAGCAAAGGUCCAUCCGUGCUCGGCGUUAAAAGAAAAAAGGGGUGGGUGGGCUGUUAAUAUUAACCGGCGGUAUCUACAAGAACGUUCAAUCAACUUCCACGUUCAGUUCCAGAUCUUUCUCCAGCUCUGCCUCGUCUCCUCCGUCAUGAAUAACUGCCCGUGCAGACGCGGCUGUUCUCGCUCGCGACCCCUGUGGGUGAACGCAUGGCACGACUUCUCAAGCUCCUCGCCUUGCUGCUGACCUUGCUGGUCAAGCGGGCCGAUUCAACGCCAACUACCAGAGACACCGACGCGAUGGCGACAGCGCUGAGAAUACUAAGCGAAGCUCCUCUCAUAGAUGGGCACAACGACUGGCCACUACAGUUGCGUCGACUGCACCCAGGUGGCAUUCGCGGUGUCAACCUGACCUCCAUCAACUCGACGCAGACCAACCUGGAGCGAAUUCGGCGCGGAAAUGUCUCAGCCCAGUUCUGGUCAGCAUACACCAUGUGCAGCACGCAGAGCUUGGAUGCCGUGAGGCUCACCCUGGAGCAGAUCGACCUCAUCCAUCGCGUGGUGGAGAACUCGGCGAUCCUGCGCUUGGCGUUGACCGCACAAGACAUUCGCGCGGCGUGGCGAGCCGGCAAAGUGUCGAGCCUCAUCGGAGUCGAGGGCGGCCACUCCAUCGACAGCAGCCUGGGCGCCCUGCGCACGCUGCACCGCCUCGGUGCGCGUUACAUGUCGCUUACUCACGACUGCAACACUCCCUGGGCUGACACGUGGCUUGUGGAUGUUGGAAAGGUGCAGCCAAGGAGCCAUGGAUUGUCAACUUUUGGAAAGGCGGUGGUGCGGGAGAUGAAUCGUCUGGGCAUGAUGGUGGACCUGUCGCACACGUCCUUGGCCACCGCGCAUGCUGCCCUCGGCGUUUCGAAAGCCCCCGUCAUUUUCAGCCACUCGGCGGCCAAGCAGCUGUGUGACCACGGGCGCAACGUGCCGGACGAAUUGCUCAAGGCGCUGGCCUCCAACGGAGGCAUCGUGAUGAUCAACUUCUACAACAAGUUCACUUCAUGCGGAGGCGCGCCCAGCAUCGCCACCGUGGCUGAUCAUUUCGACCACGUCAAGAGCGUCGCGGGAUACACGGCAGUGGGAUUCGGGUCAGACUUUGAUGGAGUAAUGAGCUUUCCCGAUGGUCUCAAGGACCCCUCUGGCUUCCCAUUACUGGUGGCCGAACUCGUGCGGAGACGUUGGAACGACACCGAGCUGAAGGCUGCGCUCGGGGGCAACCUCCUGCGCGUGAUGGAGCAAGUGGAGGAGGUGAGCCGCAAUCACUCGGAGAACGUGCAAGAAGAUCUGAUUCCAGUGGAUGAGCUGGGGCCCGAGCUAAAGUGCCGCACGGCAUACGGGCACCCACAGAUGGUGCCCUCCAGGUCACGUGCAUCCCGAGGCCACGGCGCCCAUCAGCUGCUGCUGGUGCUGCCCUCCCUCCUGCUGGCGCUGAUGAGCGCUCGCGACGCGCACUCGUGACGUGGACAGGUGGCGCGGAGGUCAGAGCACUCCGCCCGCCACGCUCAGAUCCUGGAUGGGAUUGCGGAUGACCGGCCCCUCUGGUUAAACGGGGUUCUCAAGUUGAGUGAGUUACCGAUCUCAGCCCGGUCACCAAUGACUACAGCAAACCUCCCCCUCUUCUCCCCCCCACUCAUCAUAUUAACAGUUUUAUCUGGCAACAAAACUGACAGCUUUUUUUACAAGGAGUCAUGUUUGCAUUGACCACAAUACCUGCGGUCGGAAUGCAAACAAAAAACACAACUCUGAUAAUGUAUGCACUGUCCUUGAGAUCGAUUGGUCCACACCCGAGACAGCUUUCCUUAGAGCCUAGUCUCACAUGGUGUUGGACCAGAUGACACCAAAAGGCGCACAACUCAAAGACAAUGCACCAUCAGAGUAUAAGAGCUCGGGGUAAAGCAUUUACACAAUUGGAACCUCCUUUGCCAGUAGCAAAAUAUGAUAAUCGUUUUUUACCCUUUUAUCUGGCAACAAAACUGACACCUAUUUUUUUACAAGGAGUCAUGUUUGCAUUGACCACAAUACCUGCGGUCGGAUAUUAACAGUUGGUUACGCAUUUCAUUCGCUCAAAUUAAGUGCUGAAAUAUUGGUUUGACCGUCAGGUAAUAAGCGUUGGCAUGUGGGAGAGCGCUGCGCCCGACUGUGCGAAUCAACUUGUCACUUGAGAAGUAUUUCAGUGAUAUCCACUUCCGUGGAACUCUCUUGCGUUGGACGGUUACCGAUAGGUUUCUCUAUCGCAGCAGUCGGGAACCUAUGGCUCACGAGCCAUAUAUGGCUCUUCUGGUGACGGCAUAUGGCUCCCAGGCAAUUUGGAGUUGAAAAAAAUAAUAAUAAAAAAAUCAGUUUGGAACUGAUUUUAAAAUACUUGUGAUAUUGCUUAAUAAUACUGUGUCAUUUUAAAGUAAACAGAAAUUCGUUUUGAAGAUAAAUUUCACGGGUCACGCCUGCAUGAAGCUCAACCUCACCACGUAUGAACCAGACUACAAGGCCAUCAGCAAAACCAUGCAGCACCAGAAGUCGCAUUAAAAGUAAGACAUAUUUAAUUUAUUAUACGUUAAAAAUACUAUAUGGCUCUCAAUGAAAUAUAUUUAUAAAUAUUUGGCUUUUAUGGCUCUCCCAGUCAAAAAGGUUCCCGACCCCUGCCCUAUCGA